AUGCGACUAAAGUCUUGCCUCGCAACCUUCUAUCUCCUGUUGCUUUCAAUCAUCUCGACCUAUAUUGCCCCGGCACUUGGUUCCGAUAUACUUCGAUACAAACGUUCGAGAUAUCGUUAUUUUACGGCGGACAACGAUAAUGGCAUAUCGCCGAGCACAGAAGGAAUUCGAUCCACAACAUCGACUUCGAUAGACAUAGAUGCAUCCACAACAGAUUCGGAAUCCUGGCACGCCCGUAGGAUCGACAAUCCAUGCCUGGAGAAGUACUGCGGCGCGGGAAGAGAGUGCCAAGUUUCUGCUAACGGCGAUGAGAUCGUCGCCGCGUGCGUCUGCGUCCGAAGAUGCACGCGGCGGCAUCGACCGAUCUGCGCGAGCAACGGCAGGAUUUACGCCAAUCGCUGCGAACUGCAUCGCGCUGCAUGCAACGCCGACACGCCGUUAGCCACGCGGAGGCUCUCCAGGUGCCUGAGCAAUGGUAAUUACAGCGCGCAAGCACGAAAGGAUUUCUUUGCGUAUCACACCUCAUCCGAAGAAAAGAAUGUCUUGUAUUCCAAUAAUAAGUCCAAGAAUAAGAGCAAGCAUCAUCCGGCAAGCAAAUCGAUCCCGCGAAAGGACGAUCACGUUACCGAGAAAUGUUCAGCGCAAGAAUACGAAAUUAUGAAAGAUAACUUGCUCCUGUAUAGCCACGCGAGAUUAAUGGCCGAAGAUAAUCAUAGUAAGGAAUACUUGGUCAGCAUCAUGUUUUCUCACUACGACAGAAACAAUGAUGGUAAUUUGGAGCGAGAGGAGCUCGAGCAGAUCGCCGAGGAAGAGAACAUGGAGGAAUUAUGCGUGGGAUGCAAUCUGAGCCAUAUGAUCAGCUACGAUGACACGGACGGCGAUGGCAGAUUGAACGUUAACGAGUUUUACAUGGCCUUCAGUAAGCUUUACAGUGUAUCGGUGGUAUCGUUGGACAAAUCCCUCGAGGUGAAUCACAUAUCCGCGCGAGUCGGAGACAACGUGGAGAUUAAGUGCGAUGUCACCGGAACACCACCCCCGCCCCUGGUUUGGCGACGUUACGGCACGGACGUGGAGAAUCUUAGUGAGCCGGAGAUUCGCGUUUUCAAUGAUGGUAGUCUCUAUCUGACAAAUGUGCAGUUGGAAUAUGCUGGUAAUUACACAUGUCACGCUCUCAGAAAUCAAGAUGUGGUGCAAACUCAUAUGCUCACUAUUUACACUGUACCCGAAGUCAGAGUGACACCACAAUUCCAAUCUAAGCGACCGAAAGGAGCAGCUAAGAUGAAGUGUCACGUGGUAGGCGAGCCUCUUCCACGAGUACGAUGGCUGAAGAAUGACAAACCUCUGAGCGAGGAUCGACCGGACAAAUACGAGGUGAUUGGCAACGGCACCAAGUUAUUAGUAAGAAAAGUCGAUUACGCCGACACCGGUGCUUACAUGUGCGAAGCGACCAGCGCCGGAGGACUUACGAGAGACAUCAGCAGUCUAGUGAUUCAGGAGCAACCUACACCAAUUGCGACUGAAGAGGAACGCAGAUUUUUCUCUUUCCACGAGUGGGGUAUCUUGGUAUACGAGCCAUCCACGUGCCACGCGUUACACGAGAUCCGAUCCACAGAUAUCAUACCCGGCACUCAGGAAUAUGUCUGCGGGCCGAAAAACAUUCCUUGUUCCUGGGGACGUGCCAUAAACGUCGCUAAUAGAUACGUAUACGUUAGUCAGCCGGAGAAGAAUCGCGUGCUUGUAAUUAGCGAAGUGCAGAUGAUGAUAAUCGAUGUAGUUGCGACGGACAAGAAUCCCGUGGAUCUGUGGUACGUACAGAAUCUCGAUUACGUCUGGGUACUGAACUGGAGGAGCGAGAUGAAUGUUGGCAUCAAGACCAUACAGAUAAUCAAGGAAGCUGCCCAGCGAAAGAAACAUCAUACCAUACGACCGGAGCCUCUCUAUGCGGAAUUAGAUCUUGUGAAGGGUCUACAUAUCCCACAACAGCGAGAUACGAAACAUAUAUUCAAAUACGGAUAUGUGACCCACACGAGUCAAUACGGUUUGUAUAAGCUCGAUCUGGCCAACAUGAGGUAUACUCGUACCGUCAACUUGGCCAGCUACAACUGCGCGCCAACAAGCGUGGAGUUUUCUGAUUUAUAUGGCUUCGUAAUACUGGGAUGCGAAGAACCGAUCACUGCUCGUCCGACUGGUCAAGUGCUGCUGGAUUAUCUCACUGAUAGCGUUCUCGCCCACAAGCCCAACAUCCUGGGGAAACCAGCGAUCUCUCCCGAUUCCAGAUAUCUGGUCACUCUUGAUAAACAGGACACUGGCGUCACUCUUGUAGUGCAAGAGAUUUUGCCAAAUGGAUUAAAAUUCGCGUUCGACGUAAAAACGACUUUAAAUAUCAGCGAUAUCGCUUUCUAUCCCUCGCAGACGACCCAUAGUUAUGAUAUAUACGCUUCAUCGAUAGACAAGGAAGAUAUCCUCUUCCUAGACUUGACUACUGGCAAAGUGGAAAUGAUAACAGGUGUGGGAAAGGCAACACCGCCACAUCUCACCAAAUGGGGUAAUCCGAAUAGACCUAUAAUACAAAGCGGUAUAUUUGGUCGAUAUAUGGUAAGCCCGUCCAACCAGGCGCUCUUUGUUCUCAACGGGGAGACCCGCACGGUGAAUUGCGAGAUUGGUGGCCUUAUACAUCCCGGCGCGAUUGUUUGGUUUACUGUUUCGCUGCGUUAACGAAUGUAGCUACGCGACAACGACAAUACCAGACGUACGUAUAUAAAUGCGUACAUAAAUUGAACAUAGGGAUCCGAUCGGGUACCAAAGCCAAUAUCGAGAAAUUUUAGAUGAGAAAUUUUAAAAAAUAUACGUAGAGAUCAACGGGGUGGUGUCAAGAAUGCCUGCAUCUUCUCUAAUAAUUUUCACAAUGAAUGUAUCGCACGAAUAUUUCUGUAUUAUGACUGUAUCAUAUUUGAAAAGAAAACAGCAACAUUAUUUCAAAAUAAUAUAUCGAGACGAAAAAUAAUGUACCAGAUUGAUUGAAGUUUAUAUUGUAUUAAUCAGACGCAAAUAUUUAUCGUCUUAAUUUACAUAUUGUAA